AAUUGGAUAUUUAGUUUUCUUUUAUGGCAACACUAAUUUUAUUGAUGCACUUUUGAUGUUCUGAGUUAUAAAGUCAACUUAGUUCCAGCAAGUGUAUUCCACAAUGGCUUCUAUGGAAGUUGAUGAAGAAAUGGACAAUGAAUCUUCUGAAAUGUCAGCUUCAGCAAGCACUUCCAGAGGUGACAAAAAACGCUUUGAAGUUAAGAAAUGGAAUGCUGUAGCAUUGUGGGCUUGGGAUAUUGUUGUUGAUAACUGUGCAAUUUGUAGAAAUCACAUCAUGGAUUUGUGCAUAGAAUGUCAAGCAAAUCAAGCUUCAGCUACUAGUGAAGAAUGUACUGUAGCUUGGGGAGUAUGUAAUCAUGCCUUUCAUUUUCACUGUAUAUCACGGUGGUUGAAAACUAGACAAGUUUGUCCACUGGAUAAUCGUGAAUGGGAAUUCCAGAAGUAUGGCCACUAAUAUGUCUCCAGUGUAUAUGUUGCAUCAUAUGUAUUUUUACUUAUUUGUAUUUUGAAUGUAAUUACUUCAGUAAAAUUUCAACUAUACUUC